AUGGGGAACUUGGCUCAAGUGCAACAGAAGCGCAAGGCGGUAAAUGCGAGAAUGAGCAGUCUGUGGUGGGGCUCGUGGACCGCUAUGCAAGACUUGGAGCUACUUGACUUGCAACUUGCUCGACAGAUGUUUGUGUGA